AUGCAAGUGGCAUCCCCAACCGCCUCCCUCAGUCCAGUACGGGUAGGGCUCCAGGUUGAUACAUUUGGCUCGGUCAAGCUGCAAAUGUCACCCUCGACGCCGUCGCAACGCCGCCUGCGUAGAAGCUUGCGACUAUCAGGCGCCUCUCUUGCGUCACCUCCACAGGAGCUGAACAAGGAAAAUGUGCGCACAAUCUCAGCAAGUCAACCAUCCACUUCUGCAAAGACGCUCGAUGUAGGCGCUUCGGACAGCGGCAAGCAUGGUAGCACUUCACCCCUCGACUCGUCGCCUUUGCGUUCUCGCAGCUCUCCGCUUCGAAACCGUUCUCCGCUGCGUCGCGCAUUGCAGCCUCAAAGCGAUGACAUCGCUUCAUCUUCAGAUGAUUCGGAUGCUUCCACGCUCGUCUUCUUCGGCAAGCCAUCAUCAGCUGAAAAGAAGAAGCGCAUCCACUACGAACAACGUGUACUUGAAAAACGUCUCAAACACAAGGACAGUCUCGACCUCGCAAGAAGGCGUCCCAUUAGCUUCAAUCCGGAUGAUACGAUGCUGAUGGAUGAUCAGUACGCUAAUGGCUGGUCUUGGUUCAAGUCAGCACCCACCCCGAGUUUCUCCCACAAUUUUGUCCUGUCUUCGCCAAUCGAACCUCCAACUCAUCUCACCUCCCCGACCAAGACUCGCGGCAACGCUCGUAGCUUGUCUCCUGUCGCGCUGUCCAUCCCCCCCAAAUCAGAACAGCUUCAUCAACACGCGGCCCCUGCAGACUCGCCGAGUCGGCCUGCACCUCAGAACUCAAUCAACGAGGCCCAUCAGCUUUCUUCCGCGCCCGAAUCUCCGCAUCAAGCGGUGCAACGCUCUGACUCAGAUCGAGGGCUGCAAGGAAGCCUACGGCAAGAUACGGAAGACCAUAAAAAGCAAGAUGCCAACGCCUUGGCAGCAGCUCAGAGCACUUCAGACAAAAGUCCGCCUGCCAAAGCGAGCCCGAUCAAGCGACACAUGGAAUCCCCCUGUCGUCCAGAGAGCCCUAUACGCUCGGUCGAAACGCUCAUCGGCGCUACCAUGGCACAGAACCGCGAUCUUCAUUCUCCCAUACGCUCUCCAAGACGCUCCCCCAGACUGUCGCUUCGAGCCCAGCAGCAGUCGACCUCUCCCACCAAGAUCGGCUUCACCGGUCUCUUCUUUGGCUCGUCGACGCCCUUCAAGCAUGCUUCCGCGCCCAAACAGCCAACACCUUACCAGCAUUCGACUCCGUUUCAACAACCUCCUACCGCUCCGCCUGUUCCACCCAGCACAGGUCUCUCUCGCUUCGCUUGCUUGCAGGAUCUCUCCCCGAUCAAUGCAAGGCUUCCCGAAACUCCGGCCAACAGAGCGCUUUCCAUCCGUCGGGCUCACCAUAUGACUCUCCCUUCGCCUUUCAUCUCUGAUGCUGCCCUUGAGUCUCCAACCACGGUGUUAUCUCUGGCUCCGGCGCAACAGUCCCCAGCUCGGUCAUCCAACAAAGCAAUGCGCGCUUCGAGCCCUACAAAACAUGCUUUGUCGCCUCAAAAGCAGGCCGCCGAAUUCACCGAACGCCGCAUCGAGCCUCAUAUCGGCAUUGACAGCGUCUCGCCCUCCAAGCUGGUUUCAACACCAGCGACACCAUCAGUCAGAUUUGCGGUGGCCGAGUCCAUCGAGACACCAAGCAAGUCCAUUGAGCUCGGAAAUGCAGGCUCGCUGGCAGCUCACUCGCCGUCACCGACCUACAGGCACAGCCCUGCAUAUGGGCCGAGAACGAAUGACGAAUGCCAGUCUCUGACUUCUCCAGUGCGCCAAGCGACGACCUUACCUUGCACACCCCCGCCGACUGCCACGGACACCAAGCCAGAGACGCCCGGUCCUGUCUUCAGGCAGACCGCUCGACGCGUUCCCAUGCAUCAGCAUGAAGCCGAAUUUGGUGUCAAAGUUUCGCCAGAAAAACCGUCCUAUUCGCCACACCGAGCCUACUCCAACAGCUCUGCCAGGACCAACGAUUUUGGUGUCAAGCAAGAGCGGAUUCCAGCUCGACGCGUACAACCGCCACAGCCAGCCGCGGCCAGACAAAUUUCAGCCAGGCUGGGGGACGGAACAGCUCCUAGUGUGGCAAGAGCCGCCAGCGUAGCUUCCAAGGCAGCGCGAACCGUCAGUAACGGUCCUAGUAGGAUUGGUAGCCAGAGCACUAGUCUCCCAGCUGCCGCAUUAGCGCGUGCAGGAUCAACAGUGACAGCAUCAACCUCGUCAACAUCCGCGCCUGGGACUGCGUCCGCUCCGUCUACAGUGAGGGUUGUGUCCUCUUCGCAGGGUUCAUCUGUCGCAUCUAAGGCCUCUCACCUUCAGCGUCCGGCUUCAGCUGCAUUCGGAGUCAAACCAAACUCACCCUCCAAGCAGGCACGAACGCUCAGCGGACUUCCCAGACCAAGGCAGGCACAGCCAACUAAUACCAUGGCGCCUGCUUCCGGCCCAGGAUCCCGUCUGCCUCGACCAGCGACCAUGGGACCAUCGGCGAACUCAAGCAAGCGCGCGUCGAGGCCGGUCCCAAUGGCUAUUGCCAGACUCGCGCCUUCACAGCAAGGUCCGCAACGCUCGGCGGCUGCUUCCGCGACACUUCGGACUCAGCUUGUUGCAUCAUCUGCCUCUUCAGGCUCUAGCUCGAGUUCUGCAGAGGCAUCUCCAUCAUCAGAGGCCUCCACGUUGUCCCAAGAUGACAGUUUACAAGCCGUCGUGGUAAUCCCGGAAUCUGCAGAUCUCCAGAUGCCAACUACGGAUAUCAAGUCGCUUGCACCCAGCCGUCCAACUCUCGUUCAGUCCGAAAAGCCAACGGAGGCGGCGGCAAGCGAUCUUGGUCCGCGGAGGCUGGCAUCUGCGUCGUCGCUGAGGCAAGUUGCUCGAGACGUAGAGGUCAAGGGUCAACCAGCAGCUGAGACACACCCGAUCAAGACAGCGAGAAUGGUGGGCGCGACGUCAGACGGAGCUGCCGUGCGUUCCUCAAGCCCAGCGAAGUCUUCCGCCUCUAGUAGGCCGCCAUGGUCGGCGCGGUCUGCUCCUCCUGUUGUUCUCGAUCCCGAACAACAGCGACUGCGUUGUCUGGCAAUGCAACAAAAGGCGCGCAACCGUACACCCAAAGCUAGCUCAGGCUCUAGUGCUCCUGCAAGCUCAGACAUGGACGAGUGGCCUGCAAGUGACGAUGGCGCGACGAAAAGCUCAUCUUUACUGGGCGCUACCGAGCCAGCUGCCGUUUCGGCUAUUACACCUGUCUCUGGAGGCGCUCCAUCUGCAGUCGAGGCUUUGGCAGCCAAGCACGCUGAGGCAGUGGAUGCCGCGUUAGCCAAUGUUGUUCAGACCAAUACUACCAAUGCAGCUGCUGCAGCGGCUGGACCGACGGCGACGUCUACGGGACGACCACUGCGAUCUACGCGAACUGCAUCACGACAGCUUACGCCAUCAGCUACGCGAGUUCCGCCUUCACGCGGACGCGCCUUAAGCCUUAACGACAUCAUUGCCGCGCGUAAAAUCGAUGUGCCGCUCUCUCUGACUGACCAGCUCAAGCUGGCAGACACAGUCAACAAGAAGCACAACGAAAAAACACUGGCGAGGUACAAGAUCACCAAAGUGCAGAGGCCAUACGAGCGUCCGCCGAGCCCGGACCGUCACGAUCACGAACCCGACGCAUGUACCAUCAUUGACGACCAUGGUAGCCAUCGCCAAGGCAAAGGCGACCUUACGCCAUACUCGACGCCGAUCAAGAGCUCGGCUUCAUCCGUAAAUGCUUCUACAGAUGGUCGAAAGAGUGUACGCUGGUACCGGCCACUCUUUGUGGGCAAGGGCGCGCAGUACGGCGUUCGAGCCUGCGAAUCCAGGCCGGCGCUCAAACCGAUACCCUACGAGCUGGAUCGAAUGGGCAACAAGAUGGCCACAGGCUGCUCGCCCAAGCUCAGCAAGGGCCAAUCAAUUGUGAUUUACCGCAACUAUUUUAAGGGCGAACCCGAGCCAGCUGAUGACUAG